AGUUCAAUUUCUUCACACGCGUUUUUAAAAUUCUCUAGUCUCUUGCUACACUACUCAUUAUAUAUUGACAGAUAGAUUACAUCUAUAAAUCAUUACGUUUAUAUAGUUGCAUGUUGUAUAACAUUUGAGCUACUUGAUUACUUCAUUUAUUUAUUUAUUCAUAUUUUUUGCAUCUCUUACACGAAGGAAACUUGUUGAUAGAAGAAUUUUGUUAGUUAUUGUUGUGAGAGAUGGGAGUUGACGACGGUGAUCAGCGGUUGUAUCAUUCGGACACGGAGGCGUCCGAUAAGACGUCAUUUAGCGGUCCACUGAGUGGACCGCCAAGCGGACCGCUGCUGAAGAGCGGUCCGCUGAACAAGAGAGGUGGCAAGAAGAGCGCCAGGUUUAAUAUUCCUGGCGAGACGGGCUCUAGCACGGCUAGUCAUAACGGGAGCGUGAUUUCGCAUGAUGAUUACGUGGAAAUCACGCUCGAUGUUCGCGAAGAUUCGGUGGCGGUUCAUAGUGUGAAGACGGCGGGAGGAGGUGACGUGGAAGACAGUGAGUUGACUCUGCUGGCGAAAGGCCUGGAGAAACGCUCGUCUUUCGGGUCAUCAGCUGUGAAGAAUACUUCGCAGAGGAUUAGGCAGGUUUCGCAGGAGCUGAAGCGGUUGGCUUCGUUUACGAAACGGCCUCAGAAGAGAUAUGAUCGGUCGAAAUCAGGCGCGGUGCAUGCUCUGAUGGGGCUUAAGUUUAUCAGCAAGGCUGAUGGUGGUGCGGGUUGGGCCAAGGUGGAGAGCAAGUUUGAUGAUCUCUCUGCUCCCACCAAUGGCUUGCUUCCUCGCGCGCUCUUCUGGGAAUGCAUAGGGAUGAACAAAGAAUCUAAAGAGUUUGCAGGAGAGCUUUUUGAUGCCCUUACCCGGAGGAGGAACAUAAUGGGGAACUCGAUUAAUAAAGAAGAGUUGAAGGAGUUCUGGGAACAGAUUUCUGACCAGAGUUUUGAUUCUAGGCUUCAAACUUUCUUUGACAUGGUUGACAAAGAUGCUGAUGGCCGAAUUACAGAGGAAGAAGUGAGAGAGAUUAUCAGUCUCAGUGCUUCUGCCAACAAGCUGUCGAAUAUCCAAAAGCAAGCAGAUGAAUACGCCGCCUUGAUCAUGGAAGAGCUGGAUCCUGACAAUCAUGGAUACAUCAUGAUUGAAAAUUUGGAGAUGCUUUUGUUGCAAGCUCCAACACAUCAUAUAAGAGGCGGUGAAAGCAAGGCUCUGAGCCAAAUGCUGAGCCAGAAGCUUAAGACUACAAAUGACCAUGUGGUUUCAAGAACAUUGCGAGACACCAAGUACUUCAUACUAGAUAAUUGGCAAAGAUUUUGGGUGUUGGCACUAUGGAUUGCGAUUAUGGCUGUUUUAUUUACUUACAAGUACAUUCAAUACAAAAACAGAGCUGCCUACGAAGUUAUGGGAGUUUGUGUUUGUUUAGCAAAGGGUGCAGCCGAGACACUCAAGUUUAACAUGGCACUGAUACUGUUACCAGUCUGCCGGAACACUAUCACUUGGCUUAGGAACAAAACCAGAUUAGGAGUAGCUGUUCCCUUUGAUGACAAUCUCAAUUUCCACAAAAUUAUAGCUGUGGCAAUUGCAAUUGGGGUUGGGAUCCAUGCAAUAUCCCAUUUAACCUGUGACUUUCCUCGUCUCCUUCAUGCUGACGAGGAGAGUUAUGAACUAAUGGAGCCUUUCUUUGGGGAAGAUCAGCCUCCAAACUACUGGUGGUUUGUUAAGGGAUGGGAAGGCAUAACUGGGAUUAUUAUGGUAGUACUGAUGGCAAUAGCAUUUACUCUAGCAAGUCCAUGGUUGAGGCGUGGCAGAGUAAAUUUACCCAAAUUCUUAAAGAAGCUUACUGGAUUCAAUGCCUUCUGGUAUUCACAUCACCUUUUUGUCAUUGUCUACGCCCUGCUCAUUGUUCACGGUAUCAAACUUUACCUGACACAUGACUGGUACAAGAAAACGACAUGGAUGUAUUUGUCAGUUCCAAUCCUACUUUACGCAGGCGAGAGAUUGAUCAGAGCCUUUAGAUCAAGCAUCAAACCUGUUAAGAUAAGAAAGGUUGCGGUUUAUCCUGGAAAUGUUUUAGCACUCCACAUGUCUAAGCCUCAGGGAUUUAAAUACAAGAGUGGGCAAUACAUGUUUGUCAACUGCGCUGCUGUUUCACCAUUUGAAUGGCAUCCGUUUUCCAUCACCUCUGCCCCCAAUGAUGAUUACUUAAGUGUUCAUAUACGAACACUUGGUGACUGGACACGACAACUCAAGACUGUCUUCUCAGAGGUCUGUCAGCCACCGGAUACUGGAAAAAGUGGACUUCUGAGAGCCGACGUUAUCCAAGGAGAGAACAACCCAAAUUUUCCAAAAGUGAUGAUUGAUGGUCCAUAUGGAGCGCCUGCACAAGACUAUAAAAAAUACGAUGUCGUGUUAUUGGUAGGGUUAGGCAUAGGAGCCACACCAAUGAUCAGUAUUGUGAAGGACAUAGUUAACAACAUUAAGGCAAAGGAGGAAGAAGAGAGUGCCAUUGAAGAUGGGACAGGCACAGCUAGUGGCAUUAGUAGUAAUAGUGCCAGCCCAUUUAAGAAAAAAUCGCCAGGGCCUUCAAGUUCGAGUAACUUCAAGACAACAAGGGCAUACUUUUAUUGGGUUACAAGAGAACAAGGCUCCUUUGAUUGGUUUAAAGGGGUGAUGAAUGAAGUUGCUGAAUUGGACAACAAUGGUGUCAUAGAAAUGCAUAAUUAUUGCACUAGUGUUUAUGAAGAAGGCGAUGCUCGGUCUGCUCUAAUCGCUAUGCUCCAGUCGAUUAACCAUGCUAAAAAUGGCGUUGAUGUUGUUUCUGGUACUCGUGUGAAGUCUCAUUUUGCUAAGCCUAAUUGGCGUAACGUCUACAAGCGCAUAGCUGUCAACCACGCAAAUAGCCGAGUCGGAGUGUUUUAUUGCGGGGCUCCACCACCGGUGAAAGAGUUGAGACAGUUAGCCUCUGAUUUUUCGCACAAGACCUCAACAAAGUUUGAUUUUCACAAAGAAAAUUUUUGAUCAAGAAAAAGUACAUGGCUUGUUUGACAUAAUAAAUCAGGCAAGACAAUCAACGUCUUCUAGAUCUACACCUAACCCCCUUUGCUCCUGUACAGAGAAUCUGCCUCUAGCUGUUAUUCGUUUGACCUUAUGUAUUUGUCGUUAUCAUAUAAUAUUAAUAUUCUUUGAAAUGUACUUAGAAUAAUGAGAGGAGGAUAGUGUAAUGCAUGAUAGCAGGCACUGGAAUGAUGAUAAGGAACUGAUCGUGGCUUAAUGGUGGUCCUCUUCAGACGUCGCGUUUUGAAAUUUAAAGGCUACCAAAUCCGCAAACAAUUCCUCUACUUAUACUUGGGAAAGAAGUAUCUGUAGAAUCAAGUUGUCAUGGUUGUGCCAAUGAUGAGAGCAGCACCAGGCGCUCGCUUUCUUUCUCCAGCGUGUAUUAAUCAAGUAUGAUAGAGCAAUAGGUGGUUGAGAAGUGGAUACCAUCUAAUAAGAAUUGUAUAGAUUAGAUGAUUUUUUAGUAUACUAAGCUGUGACCGCGAGUUUUCAUUGACAUGUACAGCAGUUUUCGUGUUGAAUAUUGAACAUGUCAUUGUUUUUGACA